AGCGGCGCCCCCCCCGGCCCCGCGCCUGCCCCCCGCCCCGCCGCCCCCGCGCCCGCCCGGGCCCGCGCGCAUCGGCUACUACGAGAUCGAGCGCACCAUCGGCAAGGGCAACUUCGCCGUCGUCAAGCUGGCCACGCACCUGGUGACCCGCGCCAAGGUUGCUAUAAAGAUAAUUGAUAAGACGCAGCUGGAUGAAGAGAACCUGAAGAAGAUCUUCAGAGAAGUUCAGAUCAUGAAGAUGCUUUGCCACCCACACAUCAUCAGGUUGUACCAGGUUAUGGAGACGGAGAGGAUGAUUUAUCUCGUGACAGAGUAUGCCAGCGGAGGGGAAAUAUUUGAUCACUUGGUGGCCCACGGGCGCAUGGCCGAGAAGGAAGCCCGCAGAAAGUUCAAGCAAAUAGUGGCUGCCGUGAACUUCUGUCACUGUCGGAAUAUAGUCCACAGAGACCUGAAGGCAGAAAACCUCCUGCUGGAUGCCAACCUCAACAUCAAAAUCGCAGAUUUUGGGUUCAGUAACAUCUUCACGCCUGGUCAGCUGCUGAAAACGUGGUGUGGGAGUCCUCCCUAUGCCGCUCCAGAGCUCUUCGAAGGGAAGGAGUAUGAUGGGCCCAAGGUUGACAUUUGGAGCCUCGGCGUGGUGCUGUACGUGCUGGUGUGCGGCGCCCUGCCCUUCGACGGGAGCACGCUGCAGAACCUGCGCGCGCGGGUGCUCAGCGGGAAGUUCCGCAUUCCCUUCUUCAUGUCCACAGAAUGUGAACAUCUGAUCCGGCACAUGCUGGUCCUGGACCCCAGCAAGCGGCUCUCCAUGGAGCAGAUCUGCAAGCACAAGUGGAUGAAGCUGGGGGAGGCAGACGCGGAGUUCGACAGGCUGAUAGCGGAGUGUCAGCACCUGAAGAGCGAGAGGCAGAUGGAGCCGCUGAACGAGGACGUGCUGCUGGCCAUGGCAGACAUGGGGCUGGACAAGGAGCGCACGAUUCAGUCUUUAAGAGCCGAUGCUUACGAUCACUACAGUGCAAUCUACAGCCUGCUCUGCGAGCGCCUGAAGAGACACAAGAACCUGCGCAUUGCGACAUCGCCAAGCGUACCCCGGACCAUGACCUUCCCCGCCUCCACUAACAUCCAGCAGACAGAGCAGACGGGCAAUACCAUGAGCAUCAAUGUGCCACAAGUCCAGCUCAUCAACCCUGAAAACCAAAUUGUGGAGACUGAUGGAACGAUGAACUUGGACAGUGACGAAGGGGAGGAGCCGUCACCCGAAGCUCUGGUCCGGUACCUCUCGAUGAGAAGGCACACGGUUGGAGUAGCUGACCCACGGACGGAAGUCAUGGAAGACCUGCAGAAGCUCCUGCCCGGCUUCCCCCGUGUCACUCCUCAGGCUCCGUUCCUGCAGGUGACCCCGAAUGUGAACUUCAUGCAGAAUGUGCUGCCGAGGCAGAACCUGCAGCCCACGGGGCAGCUGGAGUACAAGGAGCAGUCCCUGCUGCAGCCCCCCACGCUGCAGCUGCUCAACGGCAUGGGCCCGCUGGGCCGCAGGGCGUCGGACGGCGGAGCCAACAUCCAGCUGCACGCACAGCAGCUGCUCAAGCGGCCUCGGGGGCCCUCGCCGCUCGUCACCAUGACGCCAGCUGUCCCGGCUGUCACCCCUGUGGACGAGGAGAGCUCGGACGGGGAGCCGGAUCAGGAGGCUGUGCAGAGAUACUUGGCAAAUAGGUCAAAAAGGCACACUCUGGCAAUGACCAACCCUACAGCUGAAAUCCCUCCAGACUUGCAGAGGCAGCUAGGACAGCAGUCCUUCCGACCCCGGGCUUGGGCUCCACACCUGGUACCCGAUCAGCACCGUUCUAUUUACAAGGACUCAAACACGCUGCAUCUCCCCACCGAACGCUUCUCCCCGGUCCGGCGCUUCUCCGAUGGUGCUGCCAGCAUCCAGGCUUUCAAAGCCCACCUGGAGAAGAUGGGCAAUAACAGCAGCAUCAAACAGCUCCAGCAGGAGUGCGAGCAGCUUCAGAAGAUGUAUGGCGGGCACAUGGACGAGAGGACGCUGGAGAAGACGCAGCAGCAGCACAUGUUGUACCAGCAGGAGCAGCACCACCAGAUUCUUCAUCAGCAGAUUCAGGACUGUAUCCGGCCGCCCCAGCCUUCUCCACCCUUGCAAGCUCCCUGUGAAAACCAGCCAGCUCUGCUCACUCACCAGCUUCAGAGGUUACGGAUCCAGCCAUCCAGCCCGCCCCCGAACCACCCCAAUAACCAUCUGUUCAGGCAGCCCAACAGCAGCCCGCCCCCCGUGAGCAGCAGCGUGCUCCAGCCCCACGGUGCCACGUCCCAGUCCCAGUUCCAAGGGAUGCCGUCCCACAGCACCAUGUUCCCGCAGUCCGGUAACUGCUCCCCGCCCCCGGCCAUGGGGCUGACGUGCCUGGCCCUGCAGCAGCAGCCGCAGCCCCAGCAGGUCACCAUCCAGGUGCAGGAGCCUGGCGACAUGGUGGGCAGCAGCCUGCUGCCGGGGGCCGCGCAGGGCCUGUCCUCGCACGCGCGGGCCGUGCCGCUCAGCCCCGGCGCCGGCCAGCUCCAGCUGCAGCACCGCGCCAGCCUCAUGGCCUCGCUCAGCUACGGCCACCGCCAGCUGUCCAAGCAGCUCAGCGCUGACAGCGCCGAGUCGCACAGUCUGAACGUGAACAGGUAUCCCCCCACCAACUACGACCAGGUGCACUUACACCCCCACCUGUUCCCAGAGCAGCCUCGCGUUUCCCCCAGCAACUACAGCCCGUCCGGAGGAGUCGCGUUCCCCCCGGCUCAGCAAGCUCUCAAAGUCCCGCAGCUCGACCAGUAUCCCGGCUUCCCUCAGAACGCACAUCAGCAGCACUACACCGCAUCGGCACUACAGCAAGCACUGUUGUCCCCAACGCCCCCCGACUACAGCCGACACCAGCAGGUACCGCACAUCCUCCAAGGACUGCUCUCCCCCCGGCACUCGCUCACGGGGCACACGGACAUGCGGCUGCCCCAGGCAGAAUUUGCACAGCUCAUCAAACGGCGGCAGCAGCAGCAAGAAUUCCAGGAGUUGUUCAGGCACAUGAGUCAAGGGGAUGCUGGGAACAUGGGCACCAGCGUGGGCCAGAACCUCUCGGAGCGCCAGUCCUUGUCUUUGCCUUAUCAGAGCGCUGACGCCUACCACCCGCAGAACAGCCCCCAGCACCUCUUAAAAAUGCGGGUGCAGGAAUGUCUGCAGCAGGUCCCUGCGCCUGUGGCGCCGCAUGGCUACGCGCACCAGCCGGCACUGUUCCACUCGGAGAGCAUGGAGGAGGACUGCGCCUGCGAGGGGGCCAGGGACAGCUUUCCAGACACUAAGAGCCCAAACACGUUGACCAAAGGUGGCCACGACUCCUCUCUGCUCGUGAGCGCAGGAGGGCACGGGGACCCCGACUCCUUGCUAGGAACUGCUAAUCCCGCGCAGGAGCUGGGGUCGCAGCAGUACAGACAUCAGCCCGCUGCUGGAUUCAGCAGGAGUAAGGUGCCCAGCAGAGAGUCCAUCGUAGGGAACUGCAUGGACAGGAGUUCCCCCAGCCAAGCCAUGCAGGUGCCUGACCACAACGGGCUGGGCUACCCCGUGCGACCCGCCUCCAGCGAGCACCCUCGGCCCCGCACGCUGCAGAGACACCACACCAUCCAGAACAGCGACGAUGCCUACGUGCAGUUAGAUAACUUGCCUGGAAUGAGUUUAAUGGCAGGAAAAGCGCUGAGCUCUGCUCGGAUGUCCGACGCCGUCCUCAGCCAGUCGUCGCUCAUGGCCAGCCAGCAGCUGCGCGACAGGGACAGCGAGGAGUGCGGGGAGAGUUUGGAAGGUCAAGAGCACCUGGGCGACGGCAGCCAGCAUCUCAACACCUGCUACCCAGCCACGUGUAUUACGGACGUCCUGCUGAGCUACAAGCACCCGGAGGUGCCCUUUGGGAUGGAGCAGGCCGGGGUGUAACCCCAGGGAGUCUUGUGUACAGCUUUGAAAUGAAAAGGUCCAUUUUAAACCAACAGUAUCUAGCAGCAUUGCGCCAAAUUGCCGUAGUAUUUCUGACUAACUGGAAUACCAUGGCCCCUUUCCUCAGCAUCCGUUCAUCCAGUGUGCUGUUCCUUCCGUUCCUUUUGGUUUUGCCACAUUUGCCUGUAAGUCCAGCUACCACCGAAAUAACCGGAGCCCCCGAGUCCUGCAGGUGGGCAGAGGAUUCCCGGAGCCCGAGCGCCGUGUGGUUCGGAGCGAGCGGGGCCGGGGCCGCAGGGGCAGCCGGAGCCGCUGCCGAGGCCGCGCUGUCCCCGCUCCUGAGCCCCCAGGCUGGGGGGCGCGGGGCCCGCCCUGGUGCAAUACGCUUCUGUCUCAUCUCGUCUGCUCCUGGCCCCUCUCGCUGCGGAGGGGUCCCCUCCUGGCCCAGCCCGGCCCGCCUGCCGGUUCAUUUUUCCCGGCUUCACGUAGGGAAGACAGAUUUUCUUUUUCUUUGUUUUCUUGGCUUCUCCUCCUGAUCAUGUAGGAAUUGUUUUUUUGGUAAAUGUUGUUUUAUUAUUAUUGUUAUUAAUAAAAGGCAAAAGGAAUUUCUGUUUGAGAGAAAUUUUUAACUAGAUUCUGUUCUAUAUGAAUUGUGACUUGCACCUUUUGUUCAAAGUAUUUUAUUUCUUCCGAUGACAUUGUACUUGUGGCUGGUUUCUCUCUCGUGCCAGUGGCGCCAGUGCUGUCUCCUGCGUGCAUUCAGCCCUGUAGAUCUCCUCCGUGUCCUUCGUCCCGCGCUCCCCUUGGGGGGCAGAGCGCGGCCGCCCCCGGGCUUCGGGAGCGCCGGGGCUCACCGUUGCCUUUGGGACCUCACAACCUGUAGCUCCACUUCUUAGCGACACUUUUCUGGAAUAGUUUUUUUUAAUAAAAACAACAAAAAAAACCCAAACGAAAGCGCACCCAGCCCUCCUGAAUUUGCACAGAAGGACACGCGAAACCAGCGCGGCAGGGCCGACUCUGCCGCCCUCACCGCUGCCUCCCCCGGGGCCGGCGCGGCGCCCCGCGCUCCCACGGCGGCGGGGGGGUCGGGCGCCGCGGCUCUCGCUCCGGCCCCUCGCUUCGGUUCCUUUUGUUUACAUGACACUGUAUUUCGGGGAGAGUCGACGGCCGCCCCGCAGCAGCGCCCGGAACAGCAGGGACUCGCUUGACCGUGCCAUCGCAGUACCACACUUUUUUAUCAUGGCUUUGUAUUGUAGUAAUCAAUACGCGCAGUAUAUGUUGAAUGUAUAUUAAUAUACUUUGCUAUUAUUUCUGUUUUUUGGAAAUGUCAGAAGUAUUUUUUUUUUCUUCCUCAUUUAUGUUGGACUAAAAAAAGAAAGUUUCGGUAAAUCUUCGGUCCAUUUUUUUUGUGGGUCACUUGCAACUCGUCAAUUAGUUGGACAGUGGGAUCAUGACAAAUAAAACCAUGAUGCUGAUCUUC